AUGCCCCCUAUCACGAGUCACUCGGUCGACUAUACCCUCCUCUCCCACCAUAGCUCUGCAUCGGCGCCCUCCCGGACUUGUCGGCAACCUCGGUCGUUCAUACGAAAUAGCAGCACCUCCAGGGGGAGGAGCAGCAUCCCAAGGGGGUUCAGGGAUCUGAAUGCUGGACCGGGGGUUGGGUAG